AGUACGAUUGUGAACAAUUUCUUGAGUCUUGUAAUUUGUAUUUUAUUUUCAAUUUAUUCGAAGUAUAAUGCAUGCUUGGAUUAAUAUUCAUUAAAGUAGUAUUACAUAUAAAUUUCUUUCAAAGCUGAGUUUAGUUGUCACAACAAUGGUAGAUGUAGUAAUAAAUAAGUAUUUGGAGACCCAAUUAGCUUUAGCAAAGCAAAAAGAUCUGAAAAGUUCAAAGCAAAACAAAGUUUCAGAUAAAAGUAAGAAAGCUGCUUUGCGAAUAUCAAACAGACAACAUAAGUUUCCGAAGUCAAAUAAAGAUGAAAUUACACCAAGAGUAGUUGCGGACAUUAAUAGUGAAGAUGACGAUGAAUACUUGCCUACAUCUGAUGAUGAAGAUAGCACUGAAAUACAUUUACCUAAUCUACAAACGUCUUCACGGCAACGUCAAACUAUAAAGAAGAUCACAGAUGAUGGAGACUCAAAUCUUUACAAAAUAAGGCUAACUAAUUGGAAAAGCAGUAUAAAUAAUAUUAAAUCAGGACUUUCAGAGAUAUCCUACAUGUCUGCUGACAUACAGUAUCUCCUAGAUGGUAAUAAAAACGUAGAUGAGAAGCAUGAACUUCAAAAUGGUUUAAAUAUACCAGUCUAUAUUUGGAAACAGUUAUAUAAAUACCAGCGGACAGGUGUGAAAUGGUUGUGGGAGUUACAUCAGAUCCAGUCGGGGGGUUUAUUAGGAGAUGAAAUGGGCUUAGGUAAAACAGUACAAAUUAUAGCAUUCCUUGCUGGCUUGGCCAAUACAGACUGUGGAGGAACUUGGGGAGGACUUGGUCCAUCAAUUAUAGUUGCUCCGGCAACAGUUGUAUUUCAAUGGGUCUCACAUUUUCAUUACUGGUAUCCCUCAUUGCGAGUAGCUGCACUUCAUCAGGCUGGUUCAUUCUGUGGAAAUCACCAUAAACUUAUAAGAGAACUCCAUGAUUCACAUGGUAUAUUGUUGGUCACAUAUGCAGGAAUAGUGAAAUAUGCUAAAGAUCUUCAAGCUAGGCAUUGGAACUAUAUUAUAUUAGAUGAGGGACAUAAAAUCCGCAAUCCAGAUACACAAGUUAGUAAACAUGUCAAAAAGUUCCAAACACCACAUAAAUUAUUAAUAACUGGGUCACCAAUGCAAAAUAGUUUACAAGAAUUAUGGUCAUUAUUUGAUUUCAUGAGACCAGGUUUGUUAGGUACAAAUAAUGCAUUUACUGAACACUUUGCCAUUCCAAUUACACAAGGGGGUUAUGCCAAUUCAACACAAAUGCAGGAAGCAACUGCAUUAGAAAUUGCAAAAGCCCUUAAAAAUCUUAUCACUCCUUAUAUGUUAAGAAGAACAAAAGAAGAAGUUCAGCAGUACAUUCACUUGCCUGAAAAGAAUGAACAGGUUUUGUUUUGUGCCCUUACACAAGAACAGAGAGAUUUGUAUAUGGGUUAUUUAUUAAGUGGUACUGUCAGAAGCAUACUAGAUAGAGAUAGUAAAGUUGGGGAUCCAUUAAGAGCAAGAAUUUUGGUUGCACUAUCAACAUUAAGAAAAAUUUGCAACCAUCCAGAUAUUUAUCUUCAUGAAGCUCAUGAAGACACAGAAGAGAUAGAUGAAAAGUCAUUUGGUCAUUGGAAACGAUCAGGUAAAAUGAAUGUUGUUCAUUCACUGCUUAAGAUAUGGCAAAAACAGGGACAUAGGAUGUUAAUGUUUUCACAAUCAAGGGCUAUGCUUUGUAUUAUAGAACAGUAUUUACAGAAUCAUGACUAUAAGUAUUUAAAAAUGGAUGGCACUGUUAGUGUAGGGCAGAGGCAAAGUCUUAUAAAGGCAUUUAAUGACAAUACAGAAUAUUUAGUAUUCUUAUCAACAACUAGGGUUGGUGGUCUUGGUGUGAAUUUGACUGGGGCUGAUAGAGUUAUAAUAUAUGAUCCUGACUGGAAUCCUGCCACUGAUAAUCAAGCUAAAGAAAGAGCUUGGAGGAUUGGGCAGGAAAAAAAUGUCACAGUUUAUAGACUUCUUUCUGCAGGAACAAUUGAAGAAAAAAUAUACCAGAGGCAAAUAUUUAAAAACUUUUUAAGUAACAAAAUUUUAGUUGAUCCAAACCAAAGAAAUGUGCUCACAACAAGUACCUUACAAGGCCUGUUCACACUGGAAGAGCUUAACUGCGAGGGUGAUACUGAAACUGCAUCACUCUUCAAACACACAAAGAUUACUGUUAAAAAGAAAUCAAAAGAAAAAGAUAAGAGUAAUUUAGCAUCCACAAAAAAGAAAAUAGAUGCUAUGAAAAAGUUGGCAAAACAAAUAAGUAAUAAAAUAACUACACUAAGCAAUAAUAAAGACCCUCGAGAAUUAUAUAAAAAGAAAAGGGAUGCUUUACUCAAUCCACCCAUAGAAGAAGAGCGUCAUAACAAAAAUACAUUGAAUGAUAAAAUUGUUGAAGAACCUUUUGAGAAUGUUCUCUCUGAAUUGGAUAUUAUAAACCAACAUGUCAAAAAAGAUUAUGAAGAGAAAUUAUUAAAAGAUAUAAUGAGCACUGAAUCAAAUGUAGAAACAACAGACACUAUUAAUGUAGCUGAUACUCAAAAUAAAAACGAACUUGAUAGGAAUAGCUGUGAAGCAAUAGAAACAAAAUUAUCUAUGAAUAAAUCCACAUCAAUAAGCAUCAAUAAAUCUAGAAAAAGAAAACUUGAAAUUACAUCUGAUCAUUGUAUAGAGAAUUUAGUAUCUGUUAAAAAAGUAAAACACAAAAAGGAAGAGAAAUGUGAGAAAAGUUUAAAUGAUGACAAUUAUGUGCUUACUAAAUUAUUUGCAAAAGCGGGGGUUAAAAAUGCUUUACAGCAUGAUGUUGUGGUCGGAUUAGCUGAGAAAGAAAAAAGGCUUAGAAUGCAAGAAGAAGCAAUGCUAAAAGCCAAAAAGGCUGUAAGAGCUAUAAAGUUUUCCUCAAAAUAAAAAUAAAAUGGCCUCUGAGAUCAAUAGUACAGUUUUUAAAAGAUAUGUUUGAUCAGGCUGCAAAGACCCUUGGUAAUGCAAAAAACAUUUUGCAGGCCAGUGUUGGACUAUGAAAUUUGUUGAAUUUUAGAGUACUGCCUAAGACACCUUAUAGUCUGGUAUACUUGAAAAAGAGUACCUUGUAAUACCUACAAAACAUACUACAUACAUUAUAUGUAUGUCAAAUUAAGUAAAUUAAACAACACAAUCGAGA